AUGGAGCGUUCCGCUUGGCCCAAGAACCUCUCCUCAAGCCGCAAGCACGCGAUCAGGGAGCUCCUCCAUGCCCAGAAUCCCACAAAGAUGCUCAGAGAUCUCUUCGACGUUCACUCUCAAACUGGCAAUAACACAGGGCAGCCCUUGUUUUCGGAAGAUCUGAUCGUCAACACCCUCAGGUCAUUCAGCAACACCCAAUCCCUAUCAAGCAGCUCCGAGUCUUACGAGGUCUUACAGGUCCCGAUCAACACCCGGUCCCAAAGACUGGAUCAUAAUUUGAUCGACGAUGGGCAUCAAUGGAGGAAAUAUGGUCAGCAAGCGAUUCUCAACUCGGAUUACCCGAGGAACAACUUCAGCUGUGCUCACAAGAUCGACCAAGGAUGUCAAGCCACCAAGCAGGUCCAAAAGAUAAAGGAUGACCCACCCGUUUACAGUACCAUUUACCAAGGCCACCACACUUGCAAGAACCUCAUCCUCAAAUCCCCCCCGCUCAUCUUGGACUCACCAAGCCCUGGGGACUCCUCCAUCCUCGUCAGUUUCAACACCAGCCUCACUCCCAAGCAAGACCACAACAACAACAACCCCUUCUCUUCAUCAACUUCCUCGUCGGUGAAACACGAGCCGAAGCUGCCCAGCGAGGAUGAUCUGAUCCCCUGCAGCGGCUGUCACGACGGCAACAGCAGCAACAACAAUAACCAGCCCACAUCAUCCGACUACUAUGCCGUGUUCGAAUCAGCCAGGGAGAUCUGGGCCCCGUUGUUGGAUCAAGGUGACGACGACAACGACUACAAAAAAACUUCAGAUACAUGGACAAGACUAGACCAUAAUUUGAUCGACGACGGGUACUCAUGGAGGAAAUAUGGUCAGAAAUUGACUCUCAACCGCAAAUUCCCUUGGUGCUACUUCAGGUGCGCUUUCAGAUUCGACCAGAAAUGUCUAGCAAUCAAACAAGUCCAAAAGAUGCUGAAUGACCCACCCGUUUACGAGACCAUAUACCGAGGCCACCACACUUGCGGAAACCCCAUCCUCGAAUCGACCCCAAUCAUCCUGGAUUCACCAAGCCCUAGGGACUCCUCAAUCCUCUUCAGUUUCAACACUAGCCUCAUUGCCAAACAAGACAACAACCACCACCCUAUCUCUUCUCCUUCAACUUUCUCAUAAGUGAAUCAGGAGCAAAAGUUGCCCAGUUAGUGAGGAUGAUGUGAACCCCCACGGCCACAGCCAAGACAGACAAUAGCAACAACAGCAAUCAAUCCGCAUCAUCCGAUUGUUACGCUGUAUUCAAAGCGGCGGGGGAGAUCUAAGCCCUGUCGUCAGAUCAAGGGGAUGUGAUGUUUAGCGUCUCAUAGCUUCGAUAUGAUUGUGGGGUCUGAGUUUGAUGAUCUGUUGGAUUAUGAACUUCAAUGUUGAUUUUGGUGUAGGUUUCUUCAUUAAUGUGCGACGUGUUUGCUA